GCUACAUAAAUAUGGCGCCUUGUAGGCGGGGAUUGUAGUUCAAACCGUCCGUCGACGCACCGCGGCUAGCAAUUUUUAUUUUAUUUUAUUUUUUUAUUUUUGUUUAAAAAGUUAUCUUUUGUGUUAAAGCGCCCCGAAACUAUUUUAAGAAUUGAGCAUGGCUGGUGGCAAGGCGGGCAAAGACUCCGGAAAGACCAAGACGAAGGCGAUUUCGCGCUCUCAGCGAGCCGGAUUGCAGUUCCCGGUGGGACGUAUCCACAGACACCUCAAGUCCAGGACCACCAGUCACGGCAGGGUUGGAGCCACCGCAGCCGUGUACAGCGCGGCUAUCCUCGAGUACCUCACCGCCGAGGUUCUGGAACUGGCCGGGAACGCUUCCAAAGAUCUGAAAGUGAAGCGUAUCACCCCGCGUCACUUGCAGCUGGCCAUCCGAGGGGACGAGGAGCUGGAUUCCCUCAUAAAGGCCACCAUCGCUGGCGGAGGCGUGAUCCCGCACAUCCACAAAUCUCUAAUUGGAAAGAAGGGCCAGCAGAAGACUGUAUAACGGGGUUGCAGGAGGGGAAAGUCCUCUGGAAAUUGCGCCAUCUCAGGACGAUGUCUGCAUUGUGUGUGUGUGUGUGUCCGCCCCCCCCUUGUCUGUAGCAUAGAACAUCUGCAGGAGUCUGUAUGGUUUGAGCUUGCAUCUACUCACCUGGGGGUAUUUUAAAUUUUUUUUUUAUUUUUUUUAAGUGGCUUCAAAGAAGCUCUUUUGUUUUGUUUUAGGUUGUUUCCUGGUGUUGCAGUUGUAUUAAUUUUGCUUUUUGUGGUGUUUUUAAUAAAGCUCUUAUGGGGUA